AUGGCGCCAAAGGUACUUAUUAAGAUGGAGGAUGACCAACCCAACGGUGCUUUGUGUAUCGUCGCUGACGAAAGACCUACAAAAGCUGCGAGACCCCUCCCUCCUGAAGACGGAUACCCGGCUACUGGUGAAUUGAUUGGAACGAGUCCCGAGUUCGACGUCCAAGAUACCGAGCGUGCAAUUGAGGCUGCCGAGGAGGCCUUCAAGACCUUCCGAACGAAGACGGGUAGAGAACGGUCUAACAUCCUGCGCAAAUGGUACGACUUGUGCGUGGAGAACGCUGAGGAUCUCGCCAAGCUCAUCACAUGGGAGAACGGGAAGCCAAUUGCCGAUGCAAAGGGAGAAGCUGCAUAUGCGGCUAGUUUCUUCCAAUGGUUCAGCGAAGAAGCACCUCGCAUCUAUGGUGACACGAUAUCCUCGUCCGUGCCGGGCAACAGAGUUUUCACGAUCAAGGAGCCUGUUGGAGUAUGUGGCCUGAUCACUCCCUGGAACUUCCCCGCCGCGAUGAUCACUAGAAAGAUUGGGCCCGCCCUGGCCGCGGGGUGCACCGUCGUCUGCAAGGCACCGGGAGAGACGCCUUUCACUUCAUUGGCCAUCGCAGAGCUUGGUCAGCGAGCUGGUGUGCCGAAGGGCGUGGUGAACAUUGUUACUGCCCUGGAUAACACCCCGGCACUCGGCGAGUUGCUGACCACCAAUGCGACGAUCAGGAAGAUUUCCUUCACGGGUUCGACUGGCGUUGGCAAGCUCCUCAUGAAACAGAGCUCAAGCACCCUCAAGAAGCUCUCUCUAGAGCUUGGUGGCAAUGCUCCAUUCAUUGUCUUUGACGAUGCUGAUGUGGAUGCCGCCGUCGCCGGUGCGAUCGCCUCCAAGUUCCGCUCGUCGGGCCAGACUUGUGUUUGUGCCAACCGCAUCUUCGUGCAGAAGGGAGUCUACGAUGAAUUCGCCCAGAAAUUUGCCGAGAAGGUCAAGGCUUUCAAGGUUGGCAAUGGCUUCAGUGAGGGGAUCACCCACGGGCCCCUAAUCCACGGACGGGCCAUCUCCAAGGUCGAUGAGCACGUACGGGAUGCGGAGAAGAAGGGUGCCAAGAUCGUCGUUGGCGGCCAGAAGAUGCCCGACCUGGGGGACAACUUCUACAAGCCGACGGUGCUCACGGGCAUGACUUCAAAGAUGGCCAUGGCAACGGAGGAGACAUUUGGCCCCGUCGCUGGGCUCUUCCCAUUCGAGACCGAGGAUGAGGUCGUCAAGAUCGCCAACUCGACCGAGGUUGGCCUUGCUGGGUACUUCUUCUCGCGCGACCUGGAGCGCAUCUACCGAGUCGCAGAACACCUCGAGGUUGGCAUGGUGGGUGUGAACACGGGUAUCAUUUCCGACGUAGCUGCUCCGUUCGGAGGCGUCAAGGAGUCUGGCUUCGGAAGAGAAGGCUCCCUUUAUGGCAUUUCGGAGUACCAGGUCACCAAGACUGUGACGUUUGGCGGUAUGGGGAAGGCACUACAGGGCAAAUAA